GUACGUGUAAAGCGUUAUAAAACACUUUCAUAACAACAAACAAAGGUAAACGCUCAAAAGUUCCGCUGUUAAAUACUGUAUUAUUGUCUGUGGCCAUAUCACUUAUUAUUCAACUGUUAAAAAUAUGAGCUGUUUUUGUACUUUUUGGUGCCGCUGAGUGAGAAGAUUAGUGCGGAAUCUCUCCUUUAUAUUGACAAUGCAGUGUAGGUGCAUGCAAUUAUCGCGAAAGUAACUGUUCCGCUAAUAUUGCCAGGUGAGGUAUGUACAGACUCAACAAAAUCCGACACAGAAGUGGCCUUCAACCUUCCAAACAUUACUAUUACAACCACUAUUGGCUUAAGUGGUAAUAAUACUGCUAAUUAUCAUAGUAAUAACCACAGUAGAGCAAUAGCCUAAUGACAGGAUUGAUUCCCAUAAUUGAUAUAGUAUUCAUAGUUGUUCUUAUGGUAUUCAUGGAAGUUCUACAGCUCAUACUGCUCAUCCUCUGAUCUUCAGGGAUUAAUGGCCUGUAGACAGAUCCAAUAGUUGUACACUUCGCGCGCCAUUUCUUUUGAACCAAAAUAAAUUUCAAAAGCGGAAAAUACAGAACAAUAUUAGAAAAUAUCUGCAGUACACUUUCUCUGAUUCGCAAACUAUGAUGCUUUCAUAAGGAAUAUUACUGCUCUCCCUGCAAGUGCGCACCAUAUUUGCAGUGUGUACGCGCAUGCCUCCGUGUCACGUGUGCCACAACAGUUGUUCCUAGGUAGAUCACAGAAAUGUUUUGACAUGGGUGGGGGGCAUUGGGUUGGGGGGUGUUGGUCGUGGACCUCCUGCUCUGCCCCGUAUUGGGCACCAGGUGACGCUCUAGGUCCACUGUCCAGCCCUUCUUCUCUCAGCCCCCGGUAUGAUUCUCAUUGCCAAGUUAUCAGACACGUUUCUCCUUGUUCCAUCAAUAACCUCCUGGUGUGAUCAAGCCAAAUUUAUGACUGGCCAACACAAGCACGUGACUCUCCUAGCAUCCCAUAUUUGGGCAGUGCACGUAGAAUGAAGAAAAAAAAUGUACAAAAAAAAUUCCAACCCACCUAUAAAUCCUGGUCAUUUUUAGGACAAAAGCCCCUUGAACUUCUAAAGAUCCACAAAUCAAACGAAAUAACAAUAACAAUAACAAUAAUCCUGCCGGAAGAUAAGACGUGCAAAUGAAAACCAUCACUAAAAUAUCAUAGAGGGCUUUAAUUACAUGUUCGUUUCUGUUUAAAUGCUUCAGUUUUGUGCUUACUGCGUAUUUCCAUAAUAUGAGCUCUUACGUAGGUAACCCCUUUCCCAAGCAAACUCACGAGGCGUCUGCCUACACCAUGCACAGUUAUGGCUAUGGAUCUGUCUCUGAACUCCAUUCAUCCACUUAUUGCUACGGAGAGCUUGAUUUCAACGGAUCCUGUACUUCUUCGGCCUCUUCGAAUUCCCUCAAACGGGGGGAGAUGAGCACGAGCCUGCGUGAUAGCCCCGACGCUCCACCACCGCGGUUGCAGUCUUGUUCAGCAGCGGGCUCCACGAGACGCUCCGUAAACGAAAGCGGUCAAGGCACUCUAAAUAUUGGGCUGUACUGUCGAAAAGCCGAGGGCGACAACACGGAGCAGAGCGAAAUGCCCAUAGGCAAGGCAAGAACAGGCGAGAUCAAAGUUGGAGCCAUGCAACCCGUCCAGCCAGUAAGACAACCAAAUAAUUCGGCUCAGCCGCAGACCAACCACCAACAGCCCCAGAUAUAUCCAUGGAUGACAAAGCUACAUAUGAGUCACGAACCCGACGGAAAACGGUCACGGACCAGUUACACCCGCUACCAGACUCUGGAGCUGGAGAAAGAGUUCCAUUUCAACCGGUACCUCACACGUCGCAGGCGUAUCGAGAUCGCCAAUAGCCUUUGCUUGAACGAGAGGCAAAUCAAAAUAUGGUUCCAGAACCGGCGUAUGAAGUGGAAGAAGGAUUCAAAGCUCAAAGUAAAGGACACGAUACAAAAUGGCAAUGGGAUCACACGUUCUUCUCAAAAUUAAUGACUGGUAUUAUAAGAGCGGGCAAAGAAAGAAUCUGCGGACGAAUAAAACACGCAGGGAUUAAAAAAAAAAACUUUUACGCACCAAGCUUCUGCGCAUUUUUUUUGCAUUUGAUAUGUUUAGAUAUGUUGUGCGAUGUGAAAAUGUAUCAGAGUAUGAUUCAAUAUACACGUAUUCAUUGUUUAAAUGUUGUGCCUUUAUGUUGUGUCUUGAUCAAUGAUUAUGCUCCCUCCCCUUCCGCGUGAGAACAAGAACGCCUGAGGUGGAAUUUUGAAUGUGCACUCGUUCUGCACUGUGUCCGCCAGAUGACCUUUCUGAGUCCAUGUUUUGGACAUGGUGUGACCUGGCCCUGACCCUAUAAUCAUGCAUUGGGCUUGAGCCCUGGUCCUUGCUGAUUGCAGCAGUUAUUAGUAGCAGUAUUUAUAAUGUUACUAUAGGAUACUAGUAGUAGCAGCAGCAGCAGCAGCAGCAGUAGUAGUAGUAGUAGUAUUAGUAGUAGUAGUUGUAGUAGUAUAUAUUGUUGUAGAAUUAAAGCAUAUUACCUCUUAUAAGAGUCUGAGAACAGAAUUUGUACCAUCCUAUAUUCUAAAAGACACAUUCAAUGAGGUGUUCGUUUUUGUCAUACAACAAUGUGGAAUGGCAGGAAAUUUUGCUGAAUUGUGCAAAAUUAUAUUCCAUAGAGUUUUCCCUUUGAAUAUAACAAAUACAUAGAUCUUUGACUCUUGAUGAUAAUACAUUGAAAUAAGAAUAAAUAUGCUGAGAUUGUAUUGGGUAGGCUGCAUCAAUCAAGGAAAGUAAAAUAAUUACAUUUAAUGAACUGCCCCCCCUCCCCCUCCUCCUACAAAAAAAGUGCUGAUACAUCUAUUUUAGUCUAUAAAUAUGUAUUUCUGGUUUGUAUGAGCACAAAUAUUGAAUUUUGAACCCAAAACAGAGUUUUAUAGUCAUGUCUGUGACUUUUAUUUUUUCAAAUUGAUUUUUCAAACUGACAUGCAGCUUUAAUGUAAAAUAGUUAAACACAUUCAUUCAAACCCUGUCCUGGUGCUGGUUUUAGUCUAAAUGUUCAGUGUCAUAAUGCAUUGAGCCAACAAUGACCCACUAAUAUAAACACUUUGUAAAUAAUGUUUGCCCUUCAAUUAAAAUAAAUCUCAGUGUCUGAUUGCACUAACAUGUUUUGGGUGAA